AUGGGCUCAUCGGAUUUAAAGAGAGAGGACCCAGUUGGGGAAACCAAGUACGAAUUGGAUUGGGCGGACCUGGCCACGCUCGAUCUUUCUCAGUUUGAAGUACCAGGAGGCAAGAGAAGGCUUGCAAACCAACUGAACGAGGCUAUUCAUGAGAUUGGAUUCUUCUACAUUGCCAAUGUUGGGUUGACCUCGGAGCAGGUUGAUCGACAAUUCGCGAUCGGGCGCAAGAUCCUCGGACUCUCAGAAGAAGAAAAAUUGAAGUAUCGCGCAGACCUUGAGGGUGGUAGCUAUAAUGGCUAUCGGCCUCUGGGGUCGAUUGAGAUUCUUCCUGGUCUAUAUGACAAUGUUGAAUUCUACAACGUCUUCAAGUUUGUGGACAAGUACAGGCGAGAACACCCGGCAGUUGUUCAGCAGUAUUAUACUGAGAUUGAGACUUUCCAUCGUCUUAUCCACGAAAACAUUGCGUUCAAAUUGCUGCAGCUGAUUGCCAUUAUCCUGGAACUGCCUGAAGAUGCUUUGACAAACCACCAUCUGUACAAGGAUGACAGCGAGUCAUUUCUACGAUACAUGCGCUAUCGCAAUCGAAGUUCCAGCGAGAACUCUAAAUUCCAGGAGCUGUAUCUUCGUGGUCAUACCGACUUUGGCAGUCUAACCUUUGUCUUCUCACAGCCUAUUGCGGGCCUGCAAGUGAAGACACCAGAUGGCAACUGGAAAUAUGUCAAACCGUACCCCGGAAGCAUCGUGGUCAACACUGCCGAUUGUUUACAAUUUUGGACAAAUGGGUAUCUGCAAAGCAGUAUCCACCGAGUUGUCGUUCCACCUGAGGACCAGCGACAUGUCGAUAGAUUUGGACUGCUGUAUUUUGCCCGGCCGACGGACAGCAUGAAUUUGGAAACGAUGGAGAGCCCACUUCUGCGGAGGCUUGGACUCAAGAAUGACGACAAAAAGGAUGAUCAGCCUCCACUUGAGGUUGGCGAAUGGAUUCGAUCUCGAAUCAAGAAGAACUGGACCCGAUCACCGGCGGACAACGAUCAGACCAUCUCUGUGGGUGGGUAUAAGGCGAAGAUCUUUCACCAGUAG